AUGUCCGAGUAUGGUAGAGAUGAGGAAGAAACAAGCGCCAACGCAAGAGGUGUAGGCGCCUUGAAUCUUCAACAUUAUAUGCACUGGUGUCGGCAGUGUUCAAUGCAUGCCACAUCCAGCAACGCUAGACAAGAUGUACCAAUAUAUACAGACUUGUUAUAG